AUAAUUGUUGAUAUAUUGUUAGCGAAGCCGGAACCAUUUAUAUGGACACAUCUAAUAUAGAGACAUUUCUCAAGAUGAAUAUUCCAGCCCGACCCACAAGAUACAUAGGAGACAGAUAUAGAUAUUAUAGACAAUGAUAAUAUUAUUUCGGAUUAUAGCAGCGCCUCCCACGUAUACCACCAAUGGGUUAAAUAGGAAUACUGUACAAUUUUCUGACAAAAGGUUAUUAACGUAACAAGUGAUAAAGUCCAGGAUUUUACUAGUUAAAAACAACCCCCGCAUAAAUGAUGGCAGUCCUGGGACAAGAGAAGACGGGUGAAUUAACUCCUAGUAUGCUAUGGCCCUGGUCUCCCAUAAUAAUAAUGGACACAGCAUUUAGUGGAGUUGGAGCUGUUUUUGUCCCCGGCUGGUCAGACUGAUGUCAAUCAGAAACAGAUGUGUAAUGGAGGGGAUGGCUGUCACGUGUUAACCCUUCCUACAGCACCAUCGCGGGGUUGCGGCGCUCGCUCCAGUCGGUCCCGGUCCGCAGGUGAGGAGGCUGCCCAGGUGGUGAGCGGGAUCGUCUCCGAGUAGCGCGCGGCUCACACUCUGUCACUAGAAGGCUGCGCAGUCCGGGGCCGCCAGCGCUGAUUGGCUGAGGCGAUGACAGCUCAGCGUUCUAUUGUAGGGCGCAGACCCCGCCCACCUCCAGGGCCCUGGGACCAUUCAUAAAACUAAACAACUCUUGCACUAGUGCUGACAUUCAGCUAUAACCGGGUGGGCGCCAGAAGCCUGUGCCACCCCUGCCUGUGCCAGCCUGGGCCUCCUACUAACUUACUGCACCAGGGCAAAACUUGUGAGCGCCGCCUCCACCGCCUGCACAUCAGGGAGCCAAGGCUGAGGAUGCCCAUCUGACAGGACUCCAGAGGUCAGCAGCCAUCAUCAUCAGCCAAAGCAUUGGAUCCCUCAACGUACUGCGACCCCCCGGUGUACAGCCCGGACCUGUGCCCAAACAUGAUCGCCGCCCAGGCCAAGCUGGUCUACCAGCUCAACAAGUACUACACAGAGCGCUGCCAGGCCAGGAAGGCGGCCAUCGCCAAGACCAUCCGGGAGGUGUGCAAGGUGGUGUCCGAUGUGCUGAAGGAGGUGGAGGUGCAGGAGCCCCGCUUCAUCAGCUCCCUCACCGAGAUAGAUGCCCGCUACGAGGGCCUGGAGGUGGUGUCCCCCACAGAGUUUGAAGUGGUCCUCUACCUCAACCAGAUGGGGGUCUUCAACUUCGUGGACGACGGCUCCCUGCCGGGCUGCGCCGUACUGAAACUGAGCGAUGGCCGGAAGCGCAGCAUGUCCCUUUGGGUGGAGUUCAUCACGGCCUCCGGGUACCUCUCGGCCAGGAAGAUCCGCUCCCGCUUCCAGACCCUGGUGGCCCAGGCCGUGGACAAGUGCAGCUACCGGGACGUGGUGAAGAUGAUCGCGGACACGAGUGAGGUGAGGCUGCGCAUCCGGGAGCGCUACGUGGUGCAGAUCACCCCAGCCUUCAAGUGCACCGGCAUCUGGCCCCGCAGCGCGGCGCAAUGGCCCCUACCACACAUCCCAUGGCCGGGCCCCAACCGGGUGGCAGAGGUGAAAGCGGAGGGCUUCAACCUGCUCUCCAAGGAGUGCUACUCCCUGACCGGCAAGCAGAGCUCCGCGGAGAGUGACGCCUGGGUGCUCCAGUUCGCUGAGGCAGAGAACCGCCUGCUGCUGGGGGGCUGCAGGAACAAGUGCCUGUCCGUCCUCAAGACUCUGCGGGACCGGCACCUGGAGCUGCCCGGACAGCCCCUCAACAACUACCACAUGAAGACCCUGCUGCUGUACGAGUGCGAGAAGCACCCGCGGGAGACGGACUGGGACGAGGCGUGCCUGGGGGACCGGCUGAACGGCAUCCUCCUGCAGCUCAUCUCCUGCCUGCAGUGCCGCAGGUGCCCGCACUACUUCCUGCCCAACCUCGACCUGUUCCAGGGCAAACCCCACUCCGCCUUAGAGAGUGCGGCCAAACAGACGUGGAGACUGGCACGGGAGAUCCUCACCAACCCCAAGAGCCUGGAUAAACUAUGAGCCAGCCGGGACUCCUUCUUCCAGCCAGGACUUGGUGUGUGGCUGCCCCACAGUCCACUCCACCUCCAGACAUUGCAGAUUCCAGUGCAGACCAAAGGACCGGGCAGGAGCGAGUAGUGACCCCGCACACACUUCUUCAUGCACUUGGGGACAGUGGUCACUGCAGCAAUAACUCAUCGGGACCUGCUGUCUACAUUGCACAUAAGGGACAUGGGGGGGGGGGGGGGAGUGAGUGGCAUCCAGACUUUGUAUUUAUUGUCCCUAUAGGACACUACAGGCAGCGAGACACUGACCACAACUCUCUCCAGGGACUUUAGAGCGGCUCCAGCCCACCCGGGCACAUUGUACCCAUCAGAGUAUGGACCAAGGCCCCGCGCCCCUUCUGAAGGGAUCUUUUCUAGAGAAGGGACAUUUUGUUGCACAGGAGGGGGGGGGGGAAACUCUCUCCUCCCAGACAAUGUGAAUCCAGUCACAAGAAGCAAUCGGACUUAGAAGGUACAUUUCAUAUAAGAUGUAGCCAUGUUCUCUUAUUUUUUAUUUUGCCUGAAUGUUUGUCACUAAGUGAACAAAAAAGUAUUUAAACUAUAUUAUGUCUCUUCGAAAAGUUCUAUGUAUGAUAAUAGUGCCAAGGUCAGGCUGUGUGCAGCAGCUGACACUCCACGUCUGAAUACUGACUAAUAAAAACUUCAAGAUCAGUCCUAUGUCCUGUCAAUGUGUACGAGCCCCUUUGCUGGA